ACAAUAACUUCGCCAACGACAUUUCCUUCAGUCAUUGCUACCGAUCUUCUCCUCCACAUGCUCGACUCGAACUGCACUCAAGACUAUUCCCGCUCCACAACGAUCCACUGUCGAUUCGAUUCAGCUCUUCUUCAAGUGCGUCCAGAGAUUUGGACUUUCAAGAGCAUGCCAUGAGUUCAACCCCUCAAAUGCGGUCGUCGUGGCCAUCGACUCCGGGCAGCAAUCAGCCAACUCCAGACUCGACGAGGGUGAGAUCGCCUCUACCAGAGAUACCAAAUGCCGCUCCAGCAGCUGCUGCAACAAAUGCGCCUCUCAUACCUGUCAAUCUCAUCGAUGCCCCGAGCCAGCGGAUGUACACUUUAGCAGUCUAUGGAUUGCUUCUGGUGUGGCGUCUAUACGAUUGGUGGAAACUUGUGGAAGAUGACACCAAUUCAUUUGCCCUGUUCUUUAAGUGGACGCUCAUAGAUAUCCUAUUCUUGUUUGGAAUCCCUCUACUACGAAUACCAUGGCUCGAAUGGUCGGAAUCAACAUCACUUGUGGCAUGCUCUUUGCAUACAGUAGUGAAUGGCAUGCUGAUGUUUCGGAUACCGCUUCCAUUGGAAGGGACAUUAUUGUUUUUUGCCAAAACUAUUUUCGAUCGAGAGAUGUCGAUUUCCGAGAAUAGUGUUCGGCCAUCAACGAUUUUACAUAAUUCGUCCCUCAUUAUGGGAAAGCAAAUCAUCAAUAUCUUGCCUGAAGGAUCUGUUACUAUGAACCCAGAGGGCCAGCCAUUCUGCGUCGACAGCAGUCAUCCUGUGGCUCACAUACCUCUAUACUUCAACCAGACCAAGCCGAAACAUGUCGAACUUCUCCGUAUAGACUUUGAUACGAAUGCCAAUGAGACAAUUGUACUGUCACAGAAGGAGGUCAACAAUGCCAAAAAGACCCAGGACGACAAUUUGUACACUAUUAAUUACACCGCUAAGAAGCCCGGGCUUUAUAGGUUGCUUAAGGUUGUCGAUAAGACAAAGCUAGAGGUCCAGAGAAGGAUGUCAGAUACAUUGGUUGUCACAUGUCCGAGGGCUGUUGUCAAGUCUUCAUCUUCAGACAAAUGCUUAGGUGAUCUUUCGGAUCUCACCAUGGAGAUCGAGGGCACUCCACCUCUGAAAGUGGUUUACAGCCGAACCGCGAACAGCGACCAGAGCGUUCAUCAUUUUCAGAGCAUCCAACCAGAGAAUUUUGCUUCGCCUCUGUUAGGAUCAACCAACGCAGGUACCUUGGUCUUAGCAGGCAGUCAAGACGUCUCAUGGGCGCGGACCCAUCGCAUUACCGUUCCUCUUAACGAGUCGAUGAUGCCUAGCGGCCGAUGGCUAUACUCUAUCGAUGAGAUACACGAUGCCACUGGUAACAUAGCUAAUUUCACCAUUGGGGGCGAUGACGGAGAGCAUGUCUACCCCAAAGGUGCACAUCUGGAACAGGCGUUCGUCGUUCAUGAGCGACCUUUUGCUCGCCUCAAAGGAUGUGAUUCUCGCAACCCACUGAUGGUCGCAAAUGGGCAAGCUAUCCAGUUCCCUGUUCAGUAUUCGUCACCCGGCCGUGCACCUGAUGACACUUCCCACACCUUGAUGUGGAAAUUUUCUCCCUUAGAAAGCUUAACAAAGAAUGGAGACCAUGGAGAAGAAACAGUGUUCCAGGAAUUCUCAGCAAGGGCGGCUCACAACACGCCGGUCAUUCGCCAGCCCGGGCUUUACACGCUGACUGGGGUGAAGAGCAAAUUCUGUGACGGAGAGAUCAAGGAGCCAGCGUCCUGUCUACUGCUAAAUCCGCCUGAGCCAGAACUGACAUUAAGUUCCGAGAAUAUCAACGACAAAUGCGCAGGGAAUUCCAUUGGCUUACUUGUUGAUCUCGACCUAAUCGGUACACCUCCAUUCACUGUGAGAUAUGAUGUUAUCACCAAGGCUGGAAAGCAUCCGGAGGAUGUCAAAGUAUCUGGACUGCGUCACCAAUUGGCUCUCAAGCCGACUGACGCAGGCCACUUCAAGUAUCAAUUCACCUCCAUCGAUGACGCCGUUUAUAAAGGCCAUCAGCUAAGCGGGAGUGGACUUGUCCUGGAGCAAGACGUGAAACCACCUGCCUCUGCACGCCUACGUGUUCCUUCUGGUAGCAUCGAUGCAUGUAUCGAGGAGCCGGUUGAGAUGAAUGUAGAACUAUCUGGAGAAAAGCCAUUUACCUUGGAAUAUGAGCUUGUUCAUGACGGUAAACGGAAGAAGAAUAAGAUCUCGAGCAUUGGCACAGAUGUCUACAAAAUCAGCACCGACCCGUUGAUCAAAGGCGGCGAGUAUUCCCUUGCUCUGACGAGUGUCCAGGACAAGACCGGGUGCAAGAUCUUCCUAACCAGCGAGGCCAAAUUUACUGUCAGGCGACAAAGACCGAAGGCAUCUUUCGGAUUACUGGAGGGAAAGCAUAAGACAGUCGAGGUUGAGGGUGGGAAUGUCGAACUACCAUUACGUCUGACUGGCCGUUCUCCUUGGACACUGAAGUAUCGUAAUCUUAACGAUAAAUCGGGGAAGAUAUUGGAGAAAAGAGCCAGAUCAACAAAUGACAUACUUGCCGUAUCCGAAAGAGGUAUAUACGAGAUCCUGGAAGUCUUAGAUGAGCAAUGCCCAGGAACUGUUGAUACUACUGCCUCUACAUUCGAGGUUGACUGGUUCCUCCGACCCCAAAUCAAGGUUGCAGAUACGGCGGCCCUUAUUCCAGAUGGCAAGAAGUAUCGCAAGAGAGAAGUGUGCGAGGGCGACAUCGAUGCAGUAGAGGUCAGCCUCAUUGGUUCUUCGCCCUACAACGUUAGAUAUCGGGUCAGUCACAAACCAGAGCACGGAACAAGCUCUAUCAGCAACAAAGAGUUCGAAGCUGCCCUUGGUGUGGCUACCAUUUCCAUGGAUACUAGUAAACCUGGAACCUACGAGUACAAGUUCUCGGAACUUUCUGAUGCUCUGUACGACCACGAUUCCAAGAAGUUCACCCCUCUUGUACUGGAGCAAAAAGUCAACCGGAAACCAUCUGCCCACUUCAUCAAACCAGGCCAAUCUUACAAAUACUGUAAAGAGGAGCUGGCAGGUGACGAAGUUAUCCCGAUCAAGUUGGAAGGAGUUCCUCCCUUUAGUCUCGAAGUAGACAUCAAACAUCAGAGCAAUAUUCGACCGGAGACCGUGAAGAUAGCCAAUAUCGAGUCUAAUCAUUAUGACUUCCGGAUUCCACAUCGCGUCCUCUCCCUGGGUAUCCAUCAAGUCAGCGUGCGGAAGGUCCGCGAUUCCCACGGAUGUCAACAGAAAACAGAAUAUGGAGGACCUCAUGUCCAGGUUCAGGUCUAUGAUGUCCCUACGAUCUAUCCUUUGGAUUCUCGAGUUGAUUAUUGUGUGGGUGAGCGAAUAUCCUAUACUCUAUCUGGCACAGCACCGUUUGAGAUCUUCUACAACUUCGAGGGUGUUCAAAGAAAGGCGAAGUCCACAAGCACCACUUUCCGGCGCAUCGCAGAGAAGCCUGGCAAUUUCACCAUCACUGGCGUUUCCGAUAAGGCGAGCGAGUGCAAAGCGAGGACGAAUAUAUCCAAGCUAGUCCACGAAAUGCCAAGCGUUAAGAUUAGCAAAGGCAGACAAGUAGAAGUGGAUAUCCACGAAGGAGGAGAAGCUGAAAUUCUGUUCGAAUUCUGGGGCACGCCUCCAUUUGAAUUUACGUACACGAGAAGUACGAAUGCUCGAAGAGGUCAGAAGUCACAGGUCUUAGAGACGAGACAUGAGGUCUCUUAUGAGCACAGCAAGACUAUUCAGUCGUCACAGGAAGGCACAUAUGAGGUGGUGGCUAUUAAGGACAAGUACUGUUCGUUCUCUACGCAGAAAGCAGAGUCUGGGAACAAGCAGCGUCUGCUUCAAUUCUAGGCGACGAGUCCUUGUUGGAAUAAUAUUUGAUGUUUACGCAUAGCGCGGCGUUGGGCCUCGUUUCUCUACCAUGUUUGUAGUAUACCAAAAAUACCAGAAUGAAAAUGAAGAAUGAAUC